AUGGCGCCUCAGGAGGCGCCGGGCAUUCGGGCUGCAGCGUCGCCCGAGCAGGCACCACGCAGCAACCCGAUAGCGACCUUGGAAAGGAUAACCUGCUGGGCGGACGCCACUGAUGAGGAUGAACAGAUCCCAGGUCCCGUGGCGCAGCCUCGCCGAGAGCGGCGAAAGCCGCGAGUCUACACUCGACAGCUGCUCCUGUCCCUGCGUCGCCUGGGCCACGCGGUCUCUCCUCGUCUGCAUGCACGAAGGCUGGAAGAGCUCCCGCCGUCAAUGGCCGUCUCAAGGCGCCAGCGUCCUCCCGAUAAGCCUGCUGGGCGUGGAGGAAAGAAGCUGCCGGUGCAUGUCUUUGAUCCGAUUGUGGCCGCAGCCACCUGCGAG